AUUUUAUGAACGUGCGAGAAUUGCGACAUUUACUGUUUUUUGCAAAUUCUUAAAUAAUUUAUUUUAAUCUUGAAAUUAAUUUUAUUCAAUAUUUUACAAAUUUUUUUGUACACAUAUUUUUUGUUUAAUUUACUUUAUAUGAGCUAACAUGAGAUACCUCACCGUUUAAAAAUUUUUCGACACCAUAUUCCUAAUCAAAAUACUAACUACAGUUUUUUACUAAUAUGAUUUGCUCGAAGUAUUUUUGUUGUUUCAUGAGUUGGCAAAAGCAGGCAUCACCGAUUAUUUUGAUUUAUUGAUUUUUCACCAUUUGCACGACGUGUGUGUAAGCAAUCGCCACUUCAGUUACGUCGGGGCGUGGUGGCACUUUACUCUACGCCUUGGUUUUUGUUUUCCAACCACCCAGCUACCCAGCCAUUCGAACGCACAACACACUUGAGUGUUAUCAGACUUGUACACCCGCACAAAUUUAGCGCAGUCAAACAAUUACACACACAUGCAUAUGCAUUUGCACACACAGAUACACACAUACACAUUGCAAGUGGUUUAACAAAUGUGGCUCUUUCGCUUUGUAGUCGCACAAGCAAGACCGUAGUGUGUAGAUACAAAAAAUUUUUAACCUGCACAAAGGAUACGCUUUUCAAGAAAGAAAUACACAAAAAAUUGCAUAGUGAAAUUGUAGAAGCUUUAUUUUAUUUAAAGAAGCUAUAUAUUAAGUGAAUUUGUGUGAGAAAUAAAUCAAUUUGGUAUGCGCGCACAUUUUGCUGGUGAUGUUGCCAUUGUUGAGGCACCAAAAGAUGCUGCUGACGACAGCAUUGAUAAAAUUGAGGCCGAGGCAGAGCCACUAGACUCACGUAUCGAUGAAUUUAAACAAGACUCCAAGAAUAUGGAAGUCGUCUCAGAGUUCAUCGACGAUGUGCUACAAAAGGCCGAGGUAGAGGCUGAAAAGCAGCAGGAUGCGAAAAGUGACAAAGCUUUGCAACAGCAGCCAAAGGAGAAAACGCGUCAGAGUUUUACUAUACCAGAUUUCAAGAAUGGCAAGAUGGUGAACCGUGCGCGCGGUUUGGUGGUACGCCUAUUUGAUGCUAUCUGCAAUUGCGCCAACACGGCUGCGGGACCGGCGCAACGCAUCAAGUUGCGCGCUAAGCGUGCAGCCUCAGUAGCCACAGCGCCAGCCACGGAGAAUGGCACGGAGGGUAAUAAAAAACACGAGGUGAAUGGCAAGGAGAAGAAGAGCGACAAGAAGCAGAAAGAUGCUGCCAAGGCACCGAAGGGCGAACCAGAGGAAGGUGCGGCUACGACUGCAGAUGCCGCUGAGGAGGAACCGAAGCAAACGGAAGCUGAUGAGCCAGCUAAGCAGCCGGAGCUGGCAGCUGAUAAGCAGUAAUUUGCACAAUUCUGCGGUUAAUGCGUGUGAGUUAUGAGAUGAACAUUGCCAAUAAUUUAAUUUCGAUUGCUUUAAGGAGUGAGUUCAGACGUUGCACAAUAUGAGCGGUGAGCGGCGUAGUCGCAUACGGUGUGGUGGGGGCGUAGUUUAGAAACGCGCGUUUGCUAUACGCACAUACCGUUAUUACUUUAAAAUAUAACAGGAAACAGAAAGUUGUUGCUAAAGAAAAAAAAUAAUAAUUAAAAGAUUUAUAUAAAAGUCAAUUUCGUAGCAUUUACAAAUGUAUUUAAGAAACCACAUGCUCAUAGAUACACACAUAUGUAUUUAUAAGAAGCGCAUAUGUAUAUACAUAUGUACCAUAACUUCCAUUUUCAAAAGCUCACCACCAAACGCAUACGACUUGCCACCUCACCCGUACGCUAUCUUCAAGAACUCACGCCUCUAUAAUCUACAUGUAAUUGCCGUAUUUGCUAAGCAUAAGCACAUAAAAGAAGAAGCUUACAUACCCAAAAAUAAUAUAGAACCACUCAAUGGUUUUCCAAGCUCAAGUGCAGCUCAAACGUUGCAUUUAAUUUGCACAACUACAUAAAUAAAGAAUAAAAACGCUUAACAACAAUUAAGAACUUAUUAAUAAUAAAUCUCAUUCGAGUUCAUUCAAAUUUCAUACUUAUAUAGAAUACUUAUUUAUAACCAUGCCCAUAUUUCAACUGUCUAUUGACAAACCUACCACCGCUCAAAAGAGACUUUUUUCUCCAGACUCUUAGUAUUAGUAAUCAAGUAGUUAUUGAAUUGGCUGAGUAACGGUUGUUUCCGAAAAAAAGAAAGACUUAGAAGUGAGCUAACUAAAAUAAUAGUCGUAAGGCUUGCAAGUUAUCCAAAAUUUUAUAUUAAGUAUAAUACUAGAAAAAUGGUUGUUCCAAUCCAAAAAGCUCAAAAAAAACUUUUUACCGAACAUUAGCAACUUUUUUUUAGAGGUUUGAAAAGCUUUUUUGUUUGCUUUUUCAUCUUGCAUGUAGCUUGGUUUUUGAGUAAAAGAGGGAGAGAGAGUGAGAGUUAUUAUAGCUGCAAAAGCUCAUUUAAAAAUAGUUCAGAUGUGAUAAGGCAAGAUCAUUAGAAACUUUUUGAAGUUUUGAAAAGUUUUUGGUUUGAAAAUAGCGCAGUAGGUCUUAACUAUUUUUCAGUGAGUAUAGAUUAGCUGUAUUGCCACAGCUUCUUUUUCCUUAAGAUCAUUUGAGGAGGUUUUAAAAGCUUUUUUUGAGAACUUUUUGAGAUAGGAGUUAUCAUAGCAAAAAUCAAAGCUUUAUAAAUCUAGCUGUAAAAUCUCCAAAAAAGCUCAAAUUAUUUAAAAGGGCGAUGAAGUAAGAUUAUGAAAUAUCUUUUGAAAGUGUGAAAAAGCUUUUUUGUGAGAAGUUUACUCCUUGAGUGAGAGAGAGCAGGAGAUAUUUAUCAAAACAGAAAUAAAAGCUUUGCGUUAGCUAUAAAAGCUCAAUGAAAAAUAGUCAAGACGUGAGAUCCUGAGAGAUUUUUUGGAGAUAAGCUAUUUCAACCGGGCUAUAAAGCUCCCUUAAGAAAACUGAGUUAAAAUCAGCUCUGAGAUUCUUUUAUUUUGAUGUUUGGCUUCUUUUUAACAUCAAUAAUACUUGUCAAUGCAGGUUAAACAGCGAUUGAAACUAAAACGCUCACAAGAAAGCUCUUUUAGCUAGCUAAAACACUUGUUAAAGCUAUAUUUUAAGUAAAUUUAGUUUUUUUUUAGUUUUUUUCUCGAAAAUUGCGAACUUUUUGAGAAGUAACAAACCCAAAGUCCAUAUCUAGGUUUCAAAAUCUCUUUUGGUAAAAAAAUAUUGAACUGUUUACAUAUAACAAGUAUAUAUCUGUAUAGAUUUCGAAACAAACAGCCAUAUCAACAACUACUACCAACAAAUAUCCACCUAACUGAUUUUUAUCUAUUACAACAAUUUUUAUAUCCAACGGUUUAUUAACCUACUUACAUACUUACAUCUAUCUAAUGAGGGAAUUAAACGAGCACACAAUCAAUGUAUUUUCUAACUAAUCAACUUAUUAUACAUGCAUACAUAUUUACAUAUACAUAUAUAUAAUCCCAAUAAUAUACUAGUUAAGUGAUAAUUACUAAUUAAUUACAUACAAUUAGCAGAUAACUCGGUGUAAAUGUUGUAUGUAGUUAUCAUAUAACACUUAAUGUGACUUUGUGUGUGUGUAUGUAAUAUUUAUAAUAAAACUAGUUAGAUUUGGGCAUUCAUAUGAAACUAAAACAUACAUAUGUAUAUGGUAUAUACACACAUAUGUUUUUGUAUGUAUUCGAACAUAACCUAAAUUACAACAAUGCGUCUAAUACAACCCAAAUGUGUACUGAUUUUAUGAAAGCCACUUAAUUUAUGCGAAUAAUUUUUUUUUUGCACCAACUACAGUAAAAUGAGACACUGUACUUUUACAGUUGGCACUCACACACACAAAUGUAUUUACGUAUAAAUGUAUAGGUUAUAAAAAAGAAGAAGAAGCAACUGCAUAAAUUUUCACUUUAGGAACAGUAGUCUGAGUAAAUGUAAUGAAAAAUUUACACUGAAAAAAACUGUUAACAAAUUUAAAAUAACAGAAAAAAACAAAAAAAUUUUGUAAAGCGGAAUUUUGUGACAGACUUAAAAAAAUAAUCAUGUUGCAUAACUUAUCGUAAAAAUACAUUCAUAUAUGUAUUGUGCUUAAAACCCUAAAAUGCGGUAUAUUGUUAAUUUUGUACUGUGUAUUUAUAAACUUUAAUGCCUAAUAACAACAAAAUGUUUCAAAUAAAAAUUAGCUAACGGUACUUACUGUAAAGCUUCCAAAAGAUUUAUUAUUUUGUAAUAAAAAAACAACAACAACAAAAAUAUAUUGUUAGUUGUGUUCGUUUUGUCCUGUGUGCCCUUAAAAUUGUUAAGUUUGCUAAAUGAAUUAGUUUUGUUGCGAAUCCCUGUGAUUAAAUGCCUGAAAACUCUAUUGUAACCUGCUAAUGAAGAAGAAGAAAAUAAAAACCGCUAGUUACCGUGUUUAAAAAAUUAGUUAGAUGCUUAUUUGAGCUUAUAAAUAUAUCAAACUUUGUUAAGAAAAUAAUACUAAUUUGUAUAUUAACU